UAUUACUCAUUCUCUAUUUGUCAAAUUCAAGACUAUUUAAUGCAUGUUAAGGCUUGGUUUUAGCCAAAUACUCCCACUCGUUUGAUAGCCAUGAAAGGAGAACCACAAGCUCCCCAUGUCCUAAUCUUUCCUCUUCCCUUCCAAGGCCAUAUUAACUCCAUGUUGAAGCUGGCAGAGCUUCUUUCAAUAGCAGGCAUCACCGUAACAUUCCUCAACACCCCUCACUCCCACCGCCAACUCAUUCGCCACUCUGAUGUUCUCUCUCGCUUCUCUCGCUUUCCCUCCUUUCGCUUCGACACCAUCAUCGACGGCCUCCCACCUGACCACCCUCGAACUAUCAAGUUCUCCAACCAAAUCAUCUCCUCCUUCGACUCCAUCACCAAGCCAAUUUUCAGAAACUGGCUGGUUUCUGGGCAUUUCGGUUCCGAUCUCACUUGCGUCGUGCUGGAUGCUUUCCUUAAGAAUUUUGUUGAUGGUGAUGACGAUGAAGUUAAACAGCCCAUUUUUGGUUUUCGUACUAUCAGUGCUUGUUGUGUUUGGACUUAUCUUUGUGUUCCUUAUCUUAUUGAAGAUGGCCAACUUCCUAUUAGAGGGGAGGAAGACAUGGACAGAGUGGUCACGAACCUACCAGGUAUGGAAAAUCUUCUUCGAUGCAGAGACCUCCCUGGUUUCUGCCGAGUCACAGACACAAACGACUUUGUUCUUCAAUUCACUCUCCGACAAACUCAAAGAAGCUAUCAGUUUCACGCCCUCAUACUGAAUUCAUUCGAAGAUUUGGAAGAACCCAUUCUCUCUAAAAUUCGAACUUUAUGCCCAAAACUCUACGCCAUCGGACCCCUUCAUUCUCUUCUCAAAACUAAACUCUCCCACGAAACAGAGUCUCUCAACAAUCUCUGGGAAGUGGACAGGACCUGCUUGGCAUGGCUCGACAAUCAACCGCGGGGAUCCGUCAUUUACGUUAGUUUUGGAAGCAUUACAGUGAUGGGAAAUGAAGGGCUCAUGGAGUUUUGGCAUGGAUUGGUGAAUAGUGGGAGGAAUUUCUUGUGGGUCAUACGGCCUGACCUUGUGAGUGGCAAAAAUGGGGAGAUUGAAAUACCGGCGGAGUUGGAGGAGGGGACGAAACAGAGAGGGUAUGUGGUCGGGUGGGCACCGCAAGAGAAAGUGCUUUCGCACGAAGCAGUUGGUGGGUUUUUGACUCACAGUGGUUGGAAUUCGACCUUAGAAAGCAUAGUGGCAGGGAAGCCGAUGGUUUGUUGGCCGUAUACGGCGGAUCAGCAAGUAAACAGUAGAUUUGUAAGCAAUGUGUGGAAAUUGGGAGUGGAUAUGAAGGAUUUGUGCGAUAGAGAAAUUGUGGCAAAAAUGGUGAAUGAGAUUAUGGUGAAUAGAAAAGAGGAAUUUAUGAGAACGGCAAGUGAGAUGGCUAAUUUGGCGAGGCGAAGUGUAAGCCCCGGUGGAUCGUCGUAUGCUGAUUUUGAUCGUCUAGUAAACGAGAUAAGAUUGUUGAGCCUGAGUCAAUAGAGACCAGUUUACUUGGGUUUUUCUUCUAAAAAUGUGUUCUUCGCUUCUUAACUUAAUCUCUUCUUUCUCACUCCUCUCUCUUUUCGACUAUUUCAAUCCAACAAACUUGUAAUUAUAUUAAUUUAAACUCUCAACAAUACUGUAUUAACUGUAUUGAACAAUUGGUUUAAGGUCCAACCUAUAAACCAGAAUCCUUUUCGGGCCAAUGAGAAGGUAGGACCCCUUGUUGAA